GGCGGCCGCGGCGGGGGGUGGCUCGGUUGCCGGUGCUGGUUCUGGCGCUGCUCCUGCCACCGCCCCCCUCUGCACACACAGGAGAGUUGUAUUGUUCUUUGCCCAACCCUAGGAAUGUCCAUUUUGAAUCUAUCAACAUGAGGAACAUCCUCCACUGGUCAGCACCAGAAGGCACAGGAGAUGGAGUACUCUACAAGGUGAAGUAUUCAGUAUACGGUGUUGGCAAGUGGAUUAGAAAGCCAGAAUGCAGAAAUAUCAAGAGAACAUGGUGUGACCUCUCCAAUGAGACAGCUGACUAUGAAGAACAGUACUAUGCCAGUGUUAAAGCCUUCCUAAAUGGGAUGUGCUCUGACUGGAUGGAGACCACACGAUUCAACCCUCUUACAGACACUAAAAUUGAUCCACCUAUGGUAAGUGUAUCUUCUACUGAAAAAUCUAUUUCAAUCAUUCUGACUGCUCCUGAGAUGUGGAAGAGAAGUCCUGAGGGAGAAUCUGUAUCUCUGCUUCAAGUGUAUCCUGGCCUGCAAUACAAUGUGUCUGUCCUCAACAAAAAAACAAAGAAGCGGUGGUACUUCUCCAUCAGCAAUAACACCUUGGUUGUGCCCUGGCUAGAACCUGGAACAGCUUAUUGUGUCAGUGCACAAAUACAUGUCACCACACCACUGUUGCACAGUGGCUUCUCUAAAGAAUAUUGCAUUGCUACUUUGCAAGAUAAAACAGCAGAUGAGGCUAUAAAAAUCGUAUUUGGAUAUGUUCUGCCUAUCAUGCUUGCUGCCCUUAUUAUCUCAAUGACAUGCUAUUGUGUGCACAGGUACAUUCACGUCAGCAAACAGAGACAUCCAAAAAACCUGGUGUGGCACUACACUGACAAAUGCAAGGAAAUAGUUUUUAUACCAUGUGAAAAAAUAGUGGUGAAUCUUAUCACUGUUAAUGUGGAUGAGUACAAGCCACCUCAGGAAUCCAAUCAUGUAUCAGAAAGCAAAAGUCCCCAUUAUUACACUGUUUACAGUGGCAUCAAAGAGAAAGACUUACCUUCAAAAGAAGAACUGGAAAUGAAACACUUGUUUGAUAUUUCACAUGAAGAGCUUUCACAUAAAAAGGAUAUUUUACCAGAUGGGGACCAAACUGGGAUCUGGUCAUCUUAUGGUCAGCCUGGAACAGAGAACACUUUGAGACAGGAAAGUGCAGGGAUUGUAGAGUAUGAACAUGAUGUAAGAGCUGAAGACCUCAGUCCUGCUCAGAAACUAGAAGACCUCAGUUUGAAAGAAAAGACUUUUUCCCCCAGAGAACUAUUGGGUGAGACACAGAUUGCUUUGGGGGACUUAAUUAUCAUGGAAACAGGACAGCUCUAUUGUCCCCAACUGGAGGUGAUGGCAACAGACCCUUGUUUGGGACAGAAAGUAGAGAAACUUUGUCUGAAGAUGGUUGAUGCCGCAGAUGAAUUGCCAGGCAUGACCCACAUCAACUUGGUGAACUUGGAUACUGAAAAAUCUGGGCAGACAUCCUGUCCUCAGCUGGAAAAAUUAGCACAGGACCUCAGGGAGAAAGAGGGUGAACAGACCAUAUUAGUAGAUUGGGAUCUUUACACUGGAAGACUGUAUAUUCCUACUUUGCCUGGUCUUGAAAAUCAGGUGUGUGAAGGAGUACUCAAAUGUGAUGAUCCUGACAAAGAGGGAAUUUUGUCCAGACUUUAUGAGAAAAAAGUAUCUGUUGAGUCAUCAGACGACCAAGAAAUGUAUCUCUUGCAAUUCAAGGAACAGUGGGGGCUGCAUGUAGAAAUGGAAGACUGA